CACGCUUCUUCCCCUCCCCCUAUUCCCUUUUCCCUUUUCGUUCUCUCCCAAAGAGGCCGACCCCUGAGUCGUGAGUCUGGGGUCUGGUUGGUGAAAAAAAGCUGUAGUAGCUGCAAGUGGGGAGGUGUGAGAAAUUAACUGAGAGGACAACAUGUCCUCCCUCCCUGGGUGCCUUGGUUUGGAUGCAGAAACAGCUGCAAUGGAGUCUGAAGAGAUCGAAGAGCUGCAGCAAGCAGUGGUUGAAGAGCUGGGUAUCUCCAUGGAGGAACUUCGGGAGUUCAUUGAUAAAGAACUAGAAAAGAUGGACUGUAUUCAGCAACGUAGGAAGCAGCUAGCAGAGUUGGAGACGUGGGUAAUACAGAAGGAGUCUGAGGUGGCCCAUGUUGACCAGCUCUUUGAUGAUGCAUCCAGGGCAGUGACUAAUUGUGAGUCUUUAGUGAAGGACUUUUACUCCAAACUGGGACUACCAUACCGGGACAGUAGCUCUGAUGAUGAAGCUUCCCAGCCUACAGAAAUAAUUGAGAUUCCUGAUGAAGAUGAUGAUGUUCUCAGUAUAGAUUCAGGUGAUGCUGGAAGCAGAACUCCAAAAGACCAGAAGCUCCGUGAAGCUAUGGCUGCCUUAAGAAAGUCAGCUCAAGAUGUCCAGAAGUUCAUGGAUGCUGUCAACAAGAAGAGCAGUUCCCAGGAUCCACAUAAAGGAGCCUUGAGUCAAAUGUCUGGAGAACUGAGCAAAGAUGGUGACCUGAUAGUCAGCAUGCGCAUUCUGGGCAAGAAGAGAACUAAGACAUGGCACAAAGGCACCCUUAUUGCCAUCCAGACAGUUGGGCCAGGAAAGAAAUACAAGGUGAAAUUCGACAACAAAGGAAAGAGUCUACUGUCGGGGAACCAUAUUGCCUAUGAUUACCAUCCUCCUGCUGACAAACUGUAUGUGGGCAGUCGAGUGGUGGCCAAAUACAAAGAUGGGAAUCAGGUCUGGCUCUAUGCUGGCAUUGUAGCCGAGACACCAAACGUCAAAAACAAGCUCAGAUUUCUUAUUUUCUUUGACGAUGGCUACGCUUCCUAUGUCACUCAAUCUGAAUUGUAUCCCAUUUGUCGGCCACUGAAAAAGACUUGGGAGGACAUAGAAGACAUCUCUUGCCGAGACUUCAUUGAGGAGUACAUCACUGCUUACCCCAACCGGCCCAUGGUGCUACUCAAGAGUGGCCAGCUUAUCAAGACUGAGUGGGAAGGCACGUGGUGGAAGUCCCGAGUCGAAGAGGUGGACGGCAGCCUAGUCCGAAUCCUCUUCCUGGAUGACAAAAGAUGUGAAUGGAUCUAUCGAGGCUCUACACGGCUGGAGCCCAUGUUCAGCAUGAAGACAUCCUCGGCCUCUACAUUGGAAAAGAAGCAAGGGGGACAGUUCAGGACACGUCCAAAUAUGGGUGCUGUGAGGAGCAAAGGUCCUGUGGUCCAGUAUACCCAGGAUCUAACCAGCACUGGAACCCAGUUUAAGCCAAUGGAGCUGCCACAGCCCACAGCCCCACCUGUUCCACCUGCUGCUACACCCGUCCCACCUGCUACCCCCAUCCCACCUGCUGCACCCGUCCCACCUGUUACACCCACUCCACCUGCCCCACCUGCUCCACCUCUGUCCCCCCAGGCAGGUGACACUGAAAGCUUGGAAAGCCAGCUUGCCCAGUCACGGAAGCAGGUAGCCAAAAAGAGCACCUCUUUGCGGCUAGGCUCUGUGGGCUCUGGUCAUUCCUCCCCUACGUCUCCUUCACUCAGUGAAAAUGCCCCUGGUGGGAAACCUGGAAUCAACCAGACAUACAGAUCACCUUUAGGCUCAACAGCUUCUGCGCCAGCACCACCAGCAUCCACAGUCCUUUCAGCCCUCCCAGCAUCCACAGUCCUUCCAGCUCUCCCAGCAACCACAGUCCUUCCAGUCCUCCCAGCAUCCACAGUCCUCCCAGCAUCCACAGUCCUGCCAGUCAUUCCAGUCCUCCCAGUAUCCACAGUCCUCCCAGCAUCCCCAGCCCUUCCAGCCCUCCCAGCUUUCCAUGGCAUGUUGGAGCGUGCCCCGGCAGAGCCCUCCUACCGCGCCCCCAUGGAGAAGCUUUUCUAUUUACCUCAUGUCUGCAGCUAUACUUGUCUGUCUCGAGUCAGACCUAUAAGAAGUGAGCAGUACCGAGGCAAGAACCCUCUGCUGGUCCCACUGCUAUAUGACUUCCGGAGGAUGACAGCCCGGCGCCGAGUUAACCGCAAGAUGGGCUUUCAUGUCAUCUAUAAGACACCCUGUGGCCUCUGCCUUCGGACAAUGCAGGAGAUCGAACGCUACCUUUUUGAGACUGGCUGUGACUUCCUCUUCUUGGAGAUGUUCUGUUUGGAUCCAUAUGUUCUUGUGGACCGGAAGUUUCAGCCCUAUAAGCCUUUUUACUAUAUUUUGGACAUCACCUAUGGGAAAGAAGAUGUUCCCCUAUCCUGUGUCAAUGAAAUUGACACAACUCCCCCACCGCAGGUGGCCUACAGCAAGGAACGAAUCCCAGGCAAGGGUGUUUUCAUUAACACAGGCCCUGAAUUUCUGGUUGGCUGUGACUGCACGGAUGGGUGCCGGGACAAGUCCAAGUGUGCCUGUCAUCAGCUAACUAUCCAGGCUACAGCCUGCACCCCAGGCGGCCAAGUCAACCCUAACUCUGGCUACCAGUACAAGAGACUAGAAGAGUGUCUGCCCACAGGAGUUUAUGAGUGUAACAAACGCUGCAAAUGUGACCCAAACAUGUGCACAAACCGGUUGGUGCAGCAUGGACUCCAGGUUCGGCUACAGCUGUUCAAGACACAGAACAAGGGCUGGGGUAUCCGCUGCUUGGAUGACAUUGCCAAAGGCUCCUUUGUCUGUAUUUAUGCAGGCAAAAUUCUGACAGAUGACUUUGCAGACAAGGAGGGCCUGGAAAUGGGUGAUGAGUACUUUGCCAACCUGGACCAUAUUGAGAGCGUGGAGAACUUCAAGGAAGGAUAUGAGAGCGAUGCCCCCUGUUCCUCUGACAGCAGUGGUGUAGACUUGAAGGACCAGGAAGAUGGCAAUAGCGGUACAGAGGACCCCGAAGAGUCCAAUGACGAUAGCUCAGAUGAUAACUUCUGUAAGGAUGAGGACUUCAGCACCAGUUCAGUGUGGCGCAGCUAUGCUACCCGGCGGCAGACCCGGGGCCAGAAGGAGAACGGGCUGUCUGAGACGGCUUCCAAGGACUCCCGUCCCCCAGACCUCGGGCCCCCACAUCUUCCUGUCCCUCUAGCAAUCUCUAUGGGUGGCUGCAAUCCACCUUCUUCUGAAGAGACAUCCAAGAAUAAGGUGGCCUCGUGGUUGAGCUCCAACAGUGUCAGUGAAGGUGGCUUUGCUGACUCUGAUAGCCGUUCAUCCUUCAAGACCAGCGAAGGUGGGGAAGGCCGGGCUGGGGGAGUGAAAGGGGAAGCUGAGAAGGCCGCCACCUCAGGGCUGAGCUUCAAGGACGAGGGAGACAUCAAGCAGGCCAAGAAAGAGGAACCUGAUGACCGAAACAAGGUAUCAAUUGUUACUGAGAGCUCUCGAAAUUAUGGUUACAAUCCUUCUCCCAUGAAGACUGAAGGACUUCGCCGCCCACCUAGUAAGACUAGUAUGCAUCAGAGCCGACGCCUUUUGGCCUCCGCUCAGUCCCACCCUGAUGAUGUCUUGACACUGUCCAGCAGCACAGAAAGUGAGGGGGAAAGUGGGACGAGCCGAAAGCCCACUGCUGGUCAGACUUCAGCCACAGCAGUUGACAGUGAUGAUAUCCAGACCAUCUCCUCUGGCUCUGAAGGCGAUGACUUUGAGGACAAGAAGAACAUGUCUGGCCCAAUGAAGCGCCAAGUGGCAGUAAAAUCAACCCGAGGCUUUGCUCUUAAAUCAACCCAUGGGAUUGCCAUUAAAUCAACCAACAUGGCAUCUGCGGAAAAGGGGGAAAGCGCACCUGUUCGUAAGAACACACGCCAAUUCUAUGAUGGUGAGGAGUCUUGCUACAUCAUCGACGCCAAGCUUGAAGGCAACCUGGGCCGCUACCUUAAUCACAGUUGCAGCCCCAACCUGUUUGUCCAGAAUGUCUUCGUGGAUACUCAUGAUCUUCGCUUCCCUUGGGUGGCCUUCUUUGCCAGCAAGAGAAUCCGGGCUGGGACCGAACUUACUUGGGACUACAACUACGAGGUGGGCAGUGUGGAAGGCAAGGAGCUGCUUUGCUGCUGUGGGGCCAUCGAAUGCAGAGGGCGUCUUCUUUAGAGGGCAGCCUUCUUCCUAAGUUUCUGAACCCUUCCUGAACUGACCUUUCCUCAGGAACUGGGUCUUCCUCACUGUUGAACUCUGACCCCCAAGUCUCCAUCCAGUCUAGCUACUCCCCCCCCAGCUCCUAGUUAGAAAUGGGGGUUCUGGAUCAGGAGAUCCCUUCCAUUGUGGUGCUAGCAGGCUGGGUCCCUCCUCCUCCCCCUAAGGCCCUAGGGGGCUGGGAGAGGUUACCACUCUUAACCUGGGCCUGACAUCCCUUCAGUCCUGUUGCUCAUCCCUCCCAUCCUACAUUAGUCCAAGUGUUCAUGCUUCUGACACUUUAUCCUGUAUGAGGGCUGUAUACUUAAUGUCCAUGGUUUGUAUCAUUUCUUGAGUCUUUUAAUAAGAUGUUAAAACUAA